ACCACAACCUUUGCAAUCUCCCUCGGUCUCCUCUCCAUCAUCUUAUCUCUUCCCAAUUCCCCAUUUAAUCCAGCAUCAUGUCCAAGAGAGGACAAAAGGAGACCACUGUUGCUGCUGAUGCGAAGAACGAUCGUACUGUUGCUGUUGUGGAUAAUGAGGCUCACGACGAAACGUUGAAAGCAGCCGAUGCCGUUCUCCACUGUUCAAAACUGGCUGUCGCUUCCGCCCUGGUGGACAUUUGCGUCACUAUUGGCAUGCAAGUCGUUGUCGAUUGGAAAACCCAAGAAGGGUUCUCCAAGGCAUUACGGAGCCUUUGGAAGCUUGGAUUUGCCUACAAUACGUGGCAUGCUGCCCAGUUGUACAAACUGUUGGUCUCUCAACAAAAUAAUAAUGCUAUUAUGAAUAGUCAAAGCAACAAAGUGAAGGAAGAAGAAGAAGGUCGUCAUCAAGCCCAAGCACUGGUCCAAAUCCUUCGCUACGGAGCCAGCACGUGGAGGAUAAGUGCCAUUGUGGUGACGAUUGGGUCCGUGACCAAUGUCAUCUUGGCGUGGGGCAAGGAGAUUCCCCAACUCGAGCAACACAUACUACUCAUAAUCGUGGGAGUCGUCACACUGGUCGCCUACAUUCAAUGGGACGAAACACGGGGAAUCAAGGCAUCCGCCCUACGAGACUACCAGGAACAUCAUCAUACAUCCAAAGCACAAAUCAAACAACAAGCCGUGACCACCGUACGAGCCAUGCUCAUGUGUGCGGCAGCCUUUUGGCUUCAAGCAGUCACGAUACCCGUGCUGGCAUAUUCCCAUUACUACCACCAUUCUUACACUGGUACAUCAUCAUCAUCAUCAUCAUCAUUAGUGGAACCCUGGCGCGGGGUCAUUCUGGAACUCAUGGGGAUUUCCACUCCCAUGGGGGUGGUCAAACUAUUACGGUCGGUGCGAAAAGGGAUACUGGGGGCCUUGUCGGAUCCCAUUCACGAGGGACAAGCCACACUGAACCUGCAAAGCAAAAGUCAACGGAAGUUGGCAAAAUCGCAACAAGCACUCUUUAAUGACGUUGCAUCCACAUUCAAAUCCGAGAUUUUUGGAAAAGCAGUCUUUGAACUGAUAUCGCCACAAGGACUUGUUCAAGUCAUUUUUUGUCACUUGUUUAGUUCCGUGCUCAUUGAAGCGAGCUGAUCGAUCAAAACGGUGUUGCUGAUUCUUGGAAAGAAACACAAACUACAAUCAAUCAAUCCACAGAGCUAUAGAAUGUCUUCCAUCCAUUUGUUACAGUGCAACGACAUGAAUAAUGGAGGGCACAUUGCCAACAGACAGUGCGAAAAGACCACAAGUACCACACAGGAGUUUCAAAAUGAAUGAUGGAUGCAAGACACAUCCAUGCUGCGAGAGCCAAAAGCACGAAGCAAUGACAACAUAAC